AUGCAAGCAGCUUUGGACCUAAUCAAGAACGAGCAAGUUAGCGCCAUCAUCGGUCCCAUAAACUCUAUGCAAGCCGAAUUUAUGAUCAGACUGGCCAACAAAUCCCAAGUACCGACCAUCACAUUCUCUGCAACAAGCCCUCUUCUGACAUCCACUUCGUCCGAGCCACUGUCAACGACUCAUCCCAUGUCAAUGCCAUUGCGGCCAUUGUUAAAUACAUUCGAUGGAGAAGCGUCGUUGCCAUUCAUGCAGACAACGAGCUAG